UUUUAGCCUAUUGUUUACUGCCGCACUCUCUUUCCAGGUGGCACAGAAAUUUAAACCCACCUCUGGUUACAAGCAAAGAGGAUGAAGUCCGGUCUAGUCCAGAUCAGUCUAACUCAGCUUUAAGACUCAUUUUGGAGAAGACAUCUAAGACAGGAAGAUUAAAAAAACUUUAAGAAGUACAUCUUUCUGGCAGGUAAGCGAAUAUGACUACAUCUUAUUUUUCAUGUUUUUGUUGAGCUUAACAGUCAUUAAUAUCUAAAGCACUUCAGUAAACCCACUUUUGUUGUUCUCCUCUUAUGGUUUGAGUCCCAAAGUGCAUAUAUUUCUAACUCUUAGUACUAUGUGCCUUUGAUUCAUAGCUAGUAAACCCUUCCCUUCAGCUCCCACAUGGAGCCAAAGUCUUCUGCUGAUUUCAGUGGAGUUCCUGCCUGGGGGUAUGGAGGAACGAUACCUGCACCCGUCAGCACUCAACCGUGCCACGCCAGCACUAUCAGAAAAAAAAGCAACGUUCGCCUCAAUGACCAACUCAUACCAAAACCAACUGAUAUAAAUUUAUUCGAGAGAAUGACAAAGACUACUACGCUGAAAGAGCAUCCUUAUUCAUCGCACAUUUCUCGGUUUGCCAUGUUCCCCUCGUUCCUCUCCCCGGAUGACCCGGAGAGGGGAGUCAGAGCGGCUUCACAGAGAUUCACAAACCCUCUCAUUCCAAACAAACCUCCUGAUGUCACUUUGCUCAGCAAAACUAUAGGAGGUCCAUACCGACAUGAAAUCUUGGAAAACCCAUUUAAAUCCAGGAAAAUGGACGUUUCAUGGAAAGGAGAAAAUGAAUUUUUGGAUCAUUCAAAACCGGCAAAAGGGGAGACACAGAUUUUCUACCCAGCUCCUCCGAAAACAAUACUGCCCAACCCAAAACUCCGACACUGGGAUCUGUCAUUAUCAGAGCGCACAAGCAACAUUCUGAGAAACCUGGAGAGGAAACUCUGGAUCACGUCUUACCAGAUGGACUUUACUGGAUCAGGGCCUGCAAACCCUUUAAAGACCGAUGAUUUUAAGGAGAAAAUAAGUUCUCUCACUGGGAUUAAUUCACACUCCGCACCUCUGAGAGAAUUGUCCUGUCCUGUGUUUGUUCCAUCAAAACCCAAAGGAGGACAUAGACGAAGACUGCAGACAAAACGGAGUGACAGCCCCAAUUUUGCUGGUCUCCAAAUGUCAAAUGUAAAUCAAAGCACUACUCCAUCUUACAUAUACCAAAAACAGCCCCAGGAGCUUAUGGCUAAUUAUAACAAAGUGACAGAUAUGAGCCAAAUGGGUUACAGUCAAUCAGAGCCUGAAACUGGCUUAAUAGAUGUGCAGCAUACUGAUCCAUCCCUAGAGAUCUUACAGCAAAGGGCUGUUGAUCAUGGCAGAGAAAGGGAAAACCGCAAAAUUCGAUUCAACGAAAGUCUAAUGCAAGAAUCUGAAUCAAAAAGCAGCGAAGGUGCUUCUGUUCACCUCUCAAAUACACAACAAUUUAACCUGAGCAGAGAGUCUUCUUUCCAACGAGAGGCAAAAGUAAAGACAGAGACAAACUCAAUGGAGGAGCUGCAAAAAGAAGAUCCACAAAUCAAAAAGCAGCCUCUCAGAGUUGGAAAUCCACUCAGGUCUGAAUUACACAAUGCAUUAUCAAGUAAAGGGGACGAUAAGACAAAUGGCAGUGAGCUGCUAAGCUCUCUUCCUAAUGUCUCUAUCCUGCCGCGGCGUUCUGUCUUUUUGGGUAUUCCUACAAACACCUUUGAGACUGCAGGUAAGACAGGCACAAACCUCACCCUUCUAGACCUCCAAAACUCAUUCAGUAAGUCGGAGGCACAUCAAAGAUUCAACAACUCCAUCACACAUGCUGCUGUGGACCUGAGGGACAAUGUAGUCACUGGGAAAAGACACAACUUUUAUGGGAUUAACUGCAACCAUAUCCAUGGGUGAAUAUAAACUUUGACUUUCCAGCUAAUAGCAAAUAAUGUUUUCAAGUGGACUUGAACUGCCAGCAACUCACUCAGUCACAAAAUUUUUUGAGUCAAUUGCUUGUUGCAACCUCUGUUAUUAGUAGUUAUACAUGGUUGUUCUGAAUGUCUAUAGUAAAAGACAGACUUUCAUUACAACAUCUGGAAAUUAGAUGUGAGAAAAAAGCAGCUGCACUAAGUGCAACAUUAGUUGUCCUCUACAACUGCCUUUAAAUACCAUGAACAUUUUAUCACCUAGCAACAAGCUUUGCAAAACUACAGCCUUUUGUAUUUGAAAAAGUGUCUUGUCUAUGACUCAAUCAUUGUGACACACAGAAAUAUUUUGAUCUAAUUUGUUUCUUAAUAAUAUAACCUUGACUUUAUGCCCUGCUGGAUGGCACACCUUUGCCUAAUGUCACUUUUUAAUGAUACUUUAGAAAAAAAAAAAAAAAACUUUUUUUUUUUGCAGUUUUUUUUGUGUAGUCACAGAUGGGUCUAUGUUUCUAUCACCACUGACAAGUUUCAGAUUAAGAUGCUCCCACUGUCGUGUUUCAGUGGAGGAAUGGAGUGCAUCCACAAUUUGCAUAACAAAAUCAUCCCCAUACCAUUAAGGUUCCACCUCCUUCACUCUGGCUAUUUUGCUGCUUCUUUGCUGCUGUUAAAAAAAAUCAUCUCCAUAACAUGAUGCUGUGAACUUUUUUUGUUGUAAUUUGUCUGCAGUUCUGCUAUGUUUUUUUCUGUAUUUGGGUGAUUGGAUGAACGCGCCCUGAGACAUAGCUCUAGCUUUUAAAUAUUGCUUUACGGCCUAAUCCUGCUUUUAAUUUCUUAACUGUUGAAUCUUUGAUGUCUGGUCUUUAUGAUGCUGUUUGGUCGCUAAUAAAUCACUGAGCACUCUACAGAACAUCUGUACUUACACUGAGAUUCAACAACACACAGUUGAACCCUAUGCAGGGUUCUAAGUAAAGAAAUAAAAACAAAUGUUUUUCUUGUACUUCACAAAUGUGCACAUUUUUGUGCUGCUAUGUCAAAUAAAAUCGGAAAUAAAUAAAUUCAAGUUUGAGAGUGUAACAUGCCAAACUCUGCAAGAGUUCUGGGUGCAACCCUAAAUGCCUAAAUAAAAUCCCUGCACUUUCUUCUAUAGGAAACCUCAUAGAAUGUUUCUUCUUUCAGUGUCUGCACUCACACUGAAUGUUUGAAAAGCACUAAGUCCAUUAAGAUGAACAGAUGUCUUCAUGGUUCCAACAAAUAACCAUUUAACAUGGAUGAAAAGAAAUAAAUGAACAAGAUUACGUUUUUUUUUUCUAAGUCAA